AUGCCACCCAUCAACUCAAAGCGCUACAUUCUCAACGUCGUUGAUUUUGCCACCCGCUAUAUCGUGCCCGCAGCAGUUUCGUCCACGUCUACGGGCGACGUUAUCAAGCAUUUGCACAAUGUGUUCUACACAUACGGCACGCCAGAUCACUGCCUCUCAGACCAUGGCUCAGCCUUCGAAUCCAAUGAGUUCAAGCGCUUCAUGAGUCUUCAUUCCGUGGAGCUCCAUUUCACAACUGCCUAUCGACCCCAGGGCAAUGGCUUAGUCAAGAGAAGCAAUGGAACUCUCCUGGCAGCUCUCCGCAAGAUCUGUGCAAUGGAACCACUGUCAUGGCCUACCAAACUUCAAGAGGCAGCAUUUGCAGUAAACACGUCCAUGAAUGCCAGCACGAACUUUACGCCAUUUCAGCUUCUCUAUGGCUACGUACCGAAGAUUCCACUCCAACACCAUCCUCCGUUCCAGCACUCCGCCCUUGCCGAGCGCAUCCUCGACACAACAGUGCAGCGCUCCGAAGCAGCCGCCAAUUCGGAAGCAGCGCAAGCCAUCACGCCCAGCCCUCACAAGCCGUACCGGCGCAAGUGA